AUGGGGAACAGCGCAUCGACAGAUGCUGCCCACAAGGAGAACCGCCUAAAAAACAGGUUUAGCAGAGUGUCGGCGGCCUUUCCUGCGUCGCCCGCCCAUUUGACAAGCAGCACUACUUCCGCUGCAGCUCCCCGCCGAUCUCCAGCUGCCAAGGGCGUCCCGGAGCACCUGCUCAGCCAGUCUGAAACGCGCUUGCAUCGGCACCAAGAUGCCACCAGCGCCAGUGCAGCUCAACAGCAACCGCUGCCCUCGAUUGCUCCCGAGACCAGCGAUGCCGACCAGCUUCCUUCAUUUUCGCUCGGACAGCCUCGCUCGUAUGACGUUCCUGGCGAGAACCACAGCCGGAGGACCUGGAGUCUAGGGGCACAUGAGGGCAGCAGCUCCCAGUUCAAGCGGACCAAUUCGUUGACACGGACAUUUAGUCUUAGUCGCGCCCGGUCACUCAUUCAUCAACGUCGCCCCGACUCUUCUACGUCCGAAUCCAGACCGGGCACUGGCCAUGAGAACGAGCUGUUCCCAGACGCACAUGCCCUCGACCUUGUUGCAGAACAAGCAGCCGAGGAAAACCCCUACUUGCGGACGACCUCGUCGCAGUUCUUUGAGCCGUCGAAGCAGCCCAUGGACGUUCCGAAACGGCCCAACAGCACUGGCCUCCCAUUAUUGCCUCGACCUAAUUCGGAGACGGACAUGUCGCUGUUCACGCCAGCGCGACGUCGGUCCCUGCGGACGCCCGGCGUCGCAACAAGAGCGCCACUGAGCAAUCCGGGCCGGACUUCUAAGCCAACUUCGAGACGAAACUCUCUUGCUCGACCACAGCCGCUACCUAUCUUGGAAGUUUCGGCUGCAGCUGAGGACGAUGGAUAUGACAUCGGCCUGAGAAUACCCGGCAACGUUCCACGGGCGAGCACGCCUAACGAGCUAGACUUCGCGCAGGUGGGUGCUUACAAGUUUGGCACCUUGCGCAUCACCAAUGGCAGCCCAUCCGCCACCCCAGACGCACGACAGGAAGAUGAUGCAGUCAAGCUCUAG